AUGCAAAGCGCAGGAUCAGUUUCAACUUUUGAUACCAUCGACGAGCUUUAUGAAGCUACUGUAAACACUGGAGCGAUACAAGGCGCUCACAGUUAUGUACAUCAACCUGGCGAACGCCUACAAGAGCGAAGUGACAAAGAAAAGGACAAGAUAAUAUGUGUCUUAGAUCAUCUCCAUGCCUUCUGCAAUUAUAUCAGUAAUUACUACAAAGAGAAGCAAGGCACAGAUGAGACGCCGCCUCAAUCGACCAUGGCCAGGGAAUACUUACUCCCAUUUGCUGGUAUUGCUUCUGGCUAA